GAUUAAGAAAUGCCGCGUCAACCCAUUUAAUUUAGCGCCGCUAGUCGGCGUGGGCGGUUAGAGAUUGAUGGAUCCGGUGCCCCCCGUCCUCAAUGCAUGCAUAAAUCGAACAGACCGAUUGAUCAUGGUCAGCUUCACGAUCAAGGGGCUGGCUGGCUGUCAGUGUAUAUAAGGGUCUUUUCAUCGCCUUUACACAGCUUCUUUUGUUCCUCGCCUAAGCCAACUGUUCAUUCCUUCUCUUUGUUCACUCGCAUACCUCAAGUUUGUUCUGUAGAUCAGAACUGUCAGUCCUUCAUUUACUCUGUUGAUCAGAUAACCAACUCGCGCAACCAUGCCUUCCGUUCAGCCUUUGAUCUGCCUCGCAACCCUGGCCGGCGCCGCUCUGGUGUCGGCUGCCCCUGCUCCUUCUCGUGCCUCCGAGUUCGCCAAGCGCUCCACCUGCACCUUCACUGAUGCUGCCACGGCCUCGGAGAGCAAGAAGUCUUGCUCUAGCAUCGUUCUCAAGGAUAUCACCGUCCCUGCCGGUGAGACCCUGAACCUGAAGGACCUCGAGGAUGGCACCACCGUCACCUUCGAGGGAACCACCACCUGGGAGUACGAGGAGUGGUCCGGACCCCUCCUUUACAUCUCCGGCAAGGACAUCACCGUCACCCAGGAGUCCGGCGCUGUUCUCAACGGCAACGGUGCCAAGUGGUGGGAUGGUAAGGGUACCAACGGCGGCAAGACCAAGCCCAAGUUCUUCUACGCCCACGAUCUCGAUGACUCCAAGAUCUCCGGUCUCAAGAUCAAGAACACCCCCGUCCAGGCCAUUUCCGUUGAAUCUGACAACCUCAUAAUUGAGGACGUUACCAUUGACAACAGCGAUGGUGACUCCGAGGGUGGCCACAACACUGACGGCUUCGACAUCAGUGAGAGUACCUACAUCACCAUCACCGGUGCCACUGUGAAGAACCAGGACGACUGUGUCGCCAUCAACUCGGGUGAGAACAUCUACUUCUCCGGCGGUACCUGCUCCGGUGGUCACGGUCUGUCCAUCGGCUCCGUCGGUGGCCGUGAUGACAACACCGUCAAGAACGUUACCUUCAUCGACUCCACCGUCUCUGACUCUGAGAACGGUGUCCGCAUCAAGACCGUCUACGACGCCACCGGUUCCGUUGAGGACAUCACCUUCUCCAACAUCCAGAUCUCCGGUAUCUCUGACUACGGUAUCGUCAUCGAGCAGGACUACGAGAACGGUGACCCCACUGGUACUCCCUCCAACGGUAUCACCAUCUCCGACGUCAAGCUCGAGGAAGUCACUGGCUCCGUUGACUCCGACGCUGUUGAGAUCUACAUCCUCUGCGGUGACGGCAGCUGCACUGACUGGACCAUGUCCGGCGUUGACAUCACGGGCGGUAAGACCAGCAGCAAGUGCGAGAACGUCCCCUCCGGUGCUUCUUGCAGCGAGUAAGCGGUAUCUCAAGAUAUGGAAGGAGUGAAGCGUUGUUGCUCACUCAACACCCAACUAAUUGUUAAUAUUCUUCUUGGCCUAUUUGACAGUCAUGUAUUA